AUGGGGAGAAAACUGGAUCUGUCCAAGCUCACGGACGAAGAGGCCAAGCACGUCUGGGAAGUGGUUCAGCGGGACUUUGAUCUGAGAAGGAAAGAAGAGGAAAGACUGGAGGGGUUGAAGGGCCGGAUUAAGAAGGAGAGUUCCCAGAGGGAGCUGCUUGCGGACACGGCGCACCUGAAUGAGACCCACUGUGCCCACUGCCUGCAGCCCUACCGGCUCCUUGGGACCCCCAAAAGGCAAUGUCUGGACUGCCGCCUCUUCACCUGCCAAGACUGUAGCCACGCCCACCCUGAGGAGCAGGGCUGGCUCUGCGACCCCUGCCACCUGGCCAGGGUUGUGAAGAUCGGCUCCCUGGAAUGGUACCACCAGCACCUGAGAGCCCGCUUCAAGCGCUUUGGGAGCGCCAAAGUGAUCCGCUCCCUGUGCGGACGGCUGCAGGGGGGAGGUGGGCCUGAGCCAAGCCUUGGUGAGGGAAGUGGAGAGAGUGAGCAGACAGAUGAGGAUGGAGAACUGGACAUAGUGGCCCGGGCCCAGCCCGUUGGCAGCAAGAAAAAGCGCCUCUCCAUUCACGACUUGGACUUUGAGGCAGACUCCGAUGACUCUACUUGGUCUGGCAGUCACCCCCCAUAUUCGUCCCCAGUCCCAGCGGCCACAGACAGCCUACAGUGUCUCACCAGCUACGAGCCCACAGAUGCCGACAGAGAAGAAGAGACCCUCAGGAGGAAGCUGGAGGAGCUGACCAGCCACAUCAGUGACCAGGGGGCCUCAUCCGAGGAGGAGGAGAGCAGGGAGGAAGAGGCAGACCUGGACAGGAGCCCCUCCAUCAAGGACCUCCCCGGGGCAGCGCCGGAGGUGAGCGUGGCUGCCGGCCAGGCGUACAGACAGGAAACCACCCCCCGGGACCCUCAGGACCUCGUGCAGCCCGGCAGGACCACAGACAAGGACCUGCUGGAGCUGGAGGACAGAGUGGCCCUCACGGCCUCUGAGGUUCAGCAGGUGGAGAGCGAGGUCUCCAACAUCAAGUCCAAGAUUGCUGCCUUGCAGGCUGCAGGGCUCUCGGUGAAGCCGUCGGGAAAGCCCCGGAGGAAGUCCAACCUCCCGAUAUUUCUUCCCCGACUUGCUGGGAGAUUGGACCAGAGUCCUAAGGAUCUGAAUGCAGACCCUGCGGAGGAGGUAUGGGCGGUGACAGCGCCCUAUCUUCUCAGAAGGAAGUUCAGUAAUUCUCCGAAAAGUCAAGGUAAAGACGGGGCCUCCUUUGGUCGGCAGUCGGUGUACCGGGGAUCCCUGACGCAGAGAAACCCCAACGGCAGGAAAGGGGUGGCCAACCACAGCUUUGCGAAACCAGUGAUGACCCACCAGCCCUAAAGGGGGAGCUUUGUGGGAACGGGACGGAGUGGCCCAGGGGCCCCAGCCCUCUCUUUCCCUUCGCCUCACCGCCCCGUCCCUCCGUCCGCCCCGCGCUCCGGGCCGCACGCAGUCCGGGGAGAAGACAGGACGCAGCACCAUCCACCAGGGACCCCCACCUGCGAGGGACCAGCGUUCUCAGACCCUCGGCUCCUCACCCACGUUCACAGACGACCUCCGCCCCCACCCCUGCCGAC